AUGCAGACCGCAGUAGUGUUGUUGGCCGCGCUGGCGCUGGCGGGCGCGCAGCACUCGCCCAACGCGGAGCUCGUCGAGCAGCUGUUCGGCGGCGCGGGCUCGCGACACUCCACCAACAUCGUGGUGGACGCUCUCCUCGACGUCCCCGGGCUCGUCCGCAAGUACGGCUACCCGGUGGAGGUGCACGACGUGCUGACGCUGGACGGCUACAUCACGCGGGCGCACCGCAUCCCGCGCGGACGCGACGCGCACAGCGCGCCCGGCCCGCGCCGCGUGGCGCUGCUGGUGCACGGCCUCAUGUGCUCCUCGGCGGACUUCGUCGUGCUCGGACCUGGGAACGCUCUCGCGUACGUGCUCGCGGACGCCGGGUAUGACGUGUGGCUGGCCAACGCACGCGGCAACUACUAUUCGCGUCGACACUUAUUCUUAAAUCCCAACGACCGCGAGGGACUCGAUUUCUGGAAAUUCAGCUGGGAUGAAAUAGGCAACCGAGAUUUAUCGGCCCUCGUCAACCACAUCGUACGAACCACGGGCGAACAGAAGAUGCACUACAUCGGCUAUUCCCAGGGAACCACGGCGUUCCUUGUGUUGAACGCUUUGCAGCCACAAUUUAAUGAAAGGUUCUAUUCCUUCCAAGCUCUCGCUCCGGCUGCGUUUAACGAAAAUGGACAAAACUCAAUAAGAGACAUUUUUGUGCACUUUGAAUUUAUUUUAGAGGCCGUAGCAUUCAGCCUAGGCUUUGGUGAAAUAAUGGGAGGAGAGGGUUGGCGAGAGACUAUCGCAGGCUUAGGAUUAGCACUAUGCAACGACCAGUCACCACUACAGCCACUUUGCGCCAGCGUUAUCAUGGGCGGUGGUGACCUUGAACAUUUCAACAAGACGAUGUUGCCCGUAUUUCUGGGUCACAAUCCUGCUGGUGCUUCGAUACGUCAGAUCAUUCACUACAGUCAGGUUCAGCGCUUCAGGCGCUUCGCCCGCUACAAUCACCUGAACCCCGUUGACAACUUGCUCAGUUACGGCUCCUUCACUCCACCCGAAUAUGAUGUGUCCAAGAUUACUGUACCAUCGUACUUGUACUAUGGCAAGAACGACGCUCAAUCCAACUACAACAACGUGCUUCUUCUCGGCGAACGCUUGGGUAACACGGCUGGUAUUUAUCAAAUAGAACGCGAGUCUUUCAACCACUUCGACUUCAUAUGGGCAGCAGACGCCAGGGUGCAGCUGUACGACAAGCUAGUGGAAAUUAUGAAGGCUGUGGAGAGUUCGCAAUAGACUUUACUGAUGCACCGCUUUAUACUGAUAGUUACCUGAUUAGUGUGUAUUAUAUAGUUGUAAGAUAAUUGUAAAUAAUUAAAGUUUUACAUUUUCACCAAAAAUACAUAUAACCAUUUUUCAAAAUAAAAA